GACACUGCUUCUUUGACGGGAAGUGGGCGGUCCUACGUGGUACGAGGCAGGGCGCUUACCCAAAAUAUGUUGCGUAUUAAACUUUGACCACCUUUGUUCGCAAAUUAAUGGUGUCGUUAUCAGAAAAACACAUAUCGACUGACGCUGACUCAAAUUUAGGGAAAAUGUCUGCGGUAAGGCUUCCACUGUUGAUGCUGGCCUUUCUGGCAUCUGCUUCGUCUACAUCAGGAGAAAUUACCAGCCAUUUGGUAAUAACACCGCAGUCUCCAGUGAUCCAGAUUGGGACCAACUUCACAGCUACGUGUGUGAUCACUGACACGGCUGAAACAACAGCAGAUGAUCUUUACUGGAAUCUUUCCCAGAGUAUUAUCCCCAAGAAUCAGUACACUAAGAUCAACGAAUCAGCACUUAGUGUCACUAUCCUUGUGAACAGCGAAAAGCCAGAAUGGUUAUACUGCCACAGCAGGGAAAAAUCUCCCUACAUUUCCGUAAACAAGGGGAAAUUUAUUCAUGGGAUCCUUCUUACAAAAAUCUAUCCUCCAGACAAACCUAAGAAUCUGACAUGCAUCGCAACUCAGGAGAAAGCUUUUAUCUUACCAAACUUGAAGUGUUUUUGGGAAACCGCAGGAUACCACACCAACGAAAUGUCACCGACGACGUAUACUCUGCAUGUUGAAGUUAUGCUUGAUGAUCAGGUCUACAAUGUGUCAACAAAAGGAAAUAGCGCUCAAGUGAAAAUGGCUAUUUUCCCUCAUCACAUGAUACUGGAUGUUUGGGUAGUGGCCCGCAAUCAUCUGGGAAGUAAGGAGUCCGAACAUCUUAAUAAAGAUGCUGAUUGGUUUGUUAAAACAAACCCUCCAUCUGGUGUGAAAGUCCUUUCGGACCAAACACUUCCCACUUCUCUUCUCAUAAACUGGACCCCCCCAAUUUUCAGAGACUAUUUGAUAUUAAAGUAUCAAAUCAGGUACUGCCCGAAUGGAUCUGACGAUUGGAUUAACGUACCUGUUGUGGACAUUGCUGAAGAUAUACAGUCAUUCAGACUCCAAAACCUACAACCAGACACAGUUUAUGCCAUUCAAAUACGCUGUAAAAUCGCUAAAAAGGACCAUGGAUAUUGGAGUGACUGGAGUCCCAGAGUUACCAAAAAAACACCUGAAGACCGACCAACAAGUAAACCUGAUUUAUGGACAAUAAUUGCUGACAGUGAACACAAAAAUGAGAGAGAAGUGACGUUGAUUUGUAGGGAUCCAGUGUUUUCCAAUGGAAGGAUAACAAGCUUCAACCUCGAGAUUCAAACCCAAAAAGAAAAUAUUGGAAAUGGAAGUAUGGCUUGGGGCUACAUCUCUGUCAACCGGUCAAUGGCAGACAGCUCCCAGAGUCAAAUGGUUACGAUCUUGAAAAAGAUUUCCCUGCCGUACCAGAGCUAUAUGAUGGUGCACGUCACCGCCAUCAAUUCUAUUGGGACUUCUCCUCAAGAAUCACUUGGAAUCCCAGUGAAAACUCAUGAGCGCAACCUCGUGGAAAACCUUAAGGUAUGGCCACAAGAAGGACAACUUUUCCUAAAAUGGAAUGCCACCAGCAAUUCAAGUGUAACAGAAUUUAUCGUUGAGUGGGUCAGCGGUAUUGGCAUUGACUGGCAGAGAGAAAACAGAAACACCCGACAAACGGCCUUAAAAGGCAACAUUGAGAAAUUUAUUUGCUACAAGAUAUCUGUGUAUCCGAUAUACUAUGGAUGGAAUGGCAAGCCAGCAACAUACUUUAAAUGGAAGGGCAAGCCAGCCACAAUUGAAGCUUUUCUUGAAGAAGGAGCUCCUUUGGAAGGUCCUUCUGUUCGACUGAAUGUUAAACCGGGGCGAAAUGAGGCAGAAUUGGUUUGGAAUGAAAUACCCUUACACAAACGACAAGGCUUCAUCACAAAUUACACAAUUUUCUAUUCAAGCAGCAAUGAAAUACAUGAAAUUACAGUGCCAGCUAACAUCACCUCAUACGUACUGACGUCACUAACAGGCAACACCAAGUACGACACUUGGAUCAGGGCGUCCACCAUUCGAGGCUCGACUAAUGGAACAAACCACUCAUUUACCACACUGAAAUAUGCUCCAGGGGAGAUCGAGAUGAUUGUGGUUGGAGUGAGUCUCAGCUUUCUCUUCGUUGUUCUCAUGACCAUGUUGCUAUGUAUCUACAAAAGAGACACGAUCAAGAAGAACUUUUGGCCUUGGAUCCCAAACCCUGGAGAGAGCACCAUUGUAAACUGGUCUCCUGAUUAUCCUUUGAAACCAGAGACACCAAAGGAGAACUGUCUGUCGGACAUCAGCGUGCUUGAUAUGGACGUCAAUGAUGAAAAGUCAGUGUUGGAGGAAGACAAAGCUAACCUGGCUCUCAAGAAAGACAAGUAUCUUUCUGAAGAGCACAGUAGCGGUAUUGGAGGCUCCUCUUGCAUGUCUUCACCUCGUCAGAGUGUGUCGGACAGCGAUGAGGGCGGUGAGAUUGCUGAAACCACAGCCAGCACUGUUCAGUACUCUUCAGUGGUGGCAUCCAGUGGUUACAAGGGUCAGACCCCGUGCGUCCCACCUCAGCAGGUAAUCUUUUCACGUUCCGAGUCCACGCAGCCUCUUCUGGACUCAGAGGAGAACCCGGACAUAGUGCAGGAGGGCAGCAGACAGUCGGAGUUGUUUCCUCAAGUGCCUUGCUUCACGCAGGCUGCGUGGAACCAAGACAGUGCCAGCUCAUCUAAGUUCAACCAGCUUGAGAUGGAGCCACAGGAGGCCCUGUUGUCUCUGGACUUGUGUCCCUUGGCAGAAGACUCUGAGCUGACAACACCUGCAGAUCGCCAAUCAGCACCCGUGUCCAGCUACAUGCCACAACUUUGUGGCUACAGGUCGCAGUAAGAGCACUGACAGAUAGGUGGUCUCGGGAUGGGCAAUAUGACCUAAACUUUAUUUUGCAAUAUGUAUAGCAGUGUCCUGCGAUAAAAAUGUAUAUUACAAUGUAUUAUUUGGUAUACAAAUAAUUAUAGAACCAUUUCAAAACAGGCUACAAAGGCUUAAUUUCCAUUUGUAACAUUUUCUCAAAACUUUUAGUAAUAUACUUACUAAAUAACUGCUAAUAGAUGGUUCUUUUCUGUUAUAACAUGGUUCUAUCUAUGUUUUUGUUCAAAUAUAAUACGCACUUAUUCAUCUGUUGUUUGAUACUUUACAUUAGUUUUGAGUAAUACUACAAAUGUGGUAUCAAAUGUAGUGAAAGGGGGGCAGUAAUGUCCAUUUGAUAGUCCACAUUUUAAAGAUCUCUGAAUGAUUCUAUUUUUGAUCCCAAUUAUAUUCAGACACAAAUCAAGAUUGUAGCGUAACAAUAUCAAAGUAAUAUUUUAGGUAUUUCUUACUAUUGACUCUGAUUUAAAUAUGUGUUUUGACUUUGAAGCCCUCUUGUGCCCAUGGACUUAAUUUUCUAGGUUUGUAAACAAUAAGAAAAAACAUCAAAAUAUUUUUUUGAUGAUCAAAAAUAUCAACCAUAUUUUGGUAUUGUUACUGUCAAUCCUAAUUUACUGUUUGUAUCGAUCCAGCCACCUUUGAUCACAUUCAAGACCUUUAUCUUGCGGUUUGUUAGGUGUGGGGUGUAGCAUGUUUAGCUAUUCCUCUUCCUCCAGGGAGGAUACUUGUAAGAAAUGUACUUUAUUUGCCACCAAGGAGGUGAGGAUUUCUGACUUAAAAGUGGCUUUGCACUGUGUCAAGGAGUUAGUCGCUGGCAAAAAUGCGGCAGCAUCUUGAGAAUGCGUUUGAUCACUUUUUGCUUUUAGCAACCCUAAAGUGUUCUACACAUGUGAAUAUAUCUGUGCGCCUUUUGAUUUCAAGUUUUCUAAGCCGUCACCAUUAGGCCUAAUCUUUGCUCUUAACUAUGCAGAACUACACUGCUCCCAAAAAAUAAAAGGGAGUACUUAUAUUACUUAUCCAAGAUCCCAAUUUUGAAUUUCAGUUAAAACUAUCAAUAAGACACAGUAGCAGGGACACAAUUUGGAUUUCAGAAAUGGGACACACACACACCUGGAUUGAGUACAGGCGAUGUUUGGUUUUUAAGUAUUCAACUCAUUUUUUUUCCCUUUUGUGUAAAAUAAUUUCAAUGUAAUUGGACUCCAUCCUAAAUUUAUUUAGAUGCAUGUUUUGGAUUAUUAAGAAUACAUGUUUAAAAUGUAAUUCAAAUAUAUAUAUAUCCUUCCAUCCAUUUUCUAUCACUUGUGCCCUUUUUUGGGGGUCUGGAGCCUAUCUCAGCUGCAUUCGGGCGGAAGGCGGGGUAUAUAUAUAUAUUUAAUUAGUGCAAAAUAACACUAACACAUACAUUUUGUGCUUGUAUCCACUCCCUUCAACAUGUGAUUAAGUUAAUUAUAUGACAAAUAUUCACCUGAUUAAUCUCACUUUUAGAACCAAAACAAGGCAUCAGUCAGCUAGCUUUUGUACAGUCUUUGGUGCGCUACAAUAGCUGAAGUCCUCAGUUUAUUCUAGAUCAGGUAAACAAGUCUCCCGUCCAAAGGCAAAACCCAGUAACUCAAUUUUGGUCAAAACUGAGCUGAUAAUAAUUUGAGAGUUCCUAGGUGAUAUAUGCCUUACAUUAGAGCAGGGGUCGGGAACCUUUUUGGCUGAGAGAGCCAAAAAGCCAAAUAUUUUAAAAUAGAUUUCCGUAAGAGCCAUAUAAUACUUUUUUUAACACUGAACACAACUAAACGCGUGCAUUUUUAAGUAAGACCAACAUUUCUAGAGUAUAAUAGGUCUCUUAUUCUUUGUUAUAACAUUGUUAUUCUGAAGCUAACUGUAGAGGGGGCGUGGCCUGCGGGCCUGCAGUGACAGGUGCGUAGAUGGCCCACCUGAGCCUUGUUAUCUAAUCACCUGUCGCUCUGUUAUAAGCAGCAGCCAGGAGGAGAGAUGGGGUUGGGGCUGGAAAUACAAUUGCUGGAAAACAACUGAGAGACUUAUUGAAAAAUAAAACAAUAUUGUAACCCUGAAACAGGCUCUCAUGUCGGUGCUUGGGGGUCUGAAGAACCCCCAGGAGGGCAAGCCCCACACUAACCAAUAAUAAAUAAAUAACUUCUUACCAUUAACGCAACUUCUUGAACAGGUGCGGUAGAAAACGGAUGGAUGGAUUAGAGCCAUAGGUUCCCUACCCCUGCAUUAGUGUAUGCGAUAUUGUAAUUUGUUCCGUAAGUAAGCUGUUACGCGCAUGGCAGGACAUAGCAACUAUCACAUAACCGCGUAGAUACAACAGAAAAACCUAUUAUCUCAAGGGACCAAUCGGAGCUUCUUUGUCAGUCGCCUUAUUGUCUUUAAUGAGACAUUUGCACCAAUGGGGGCCGACGGUCAACCUGAUUGUGAUAUUAUGGCACGAGGGGAUAUUUGGAAGAUUGGCCCAGGACGUUGCAAGCACCUUCAUUAAAUGUAUUGUUCUUGAUUCUUCCCCUUGCAUACUCUUUUGGGCAGAUAACUGUGGAGGUCAAAAUAAAAACUGGAUGCUGUACACGGCUCUUGCCCAAUGUGCAAACGCAGAAUGGGGCCCACCUGGGAUUGUGAUCAAAUAUCUGGAGAAAGGGCACACGUUCAUGAGAGCAGAUUCAAUCCAUGGCUCAAUCGUCAAGAAAAUGAAAGCUCAAGAAAACAUCUAUACGUUUGAUGACUUUGUAGAUCUUUGUAAGACAGUAACAAGAUAGAUUGGUUUUCCUUUGUUUUCUCAAAAUCAGCUAGAAGUGAGUUACUAGGUUUUGCCUUUGGACGGGAGAAGUGGGCCAGUCAAUACCAUUAAUUAUUUGCUUUUCCAGAAACUGCUGGCACUUAAAAGUGCCAUUUAGACAUUACUCUCAACCAGAAUGAGCCCCCUGCCAUUAUACGGUCUGACAAUGGGUCUGGGUAUCUUCUUGAAUUGUCGGAAGUCUCAUGCCACCUUUCAAUCUUAAACAUACUUGGGUGUAACAUUUGCAAGUGGAGUGCACAGAGGUCUGUAAGGACUUAAAACAGAACUCUGCUAGGCUUGUGUAUGCAAAGCUCAAAUUUUAAAACUACAGACUCGGCUCUAUGCACUGGCGUCACACAUUACGCUGCUCUGCAUGUAUUUCUCACAUCGAUUCUCGAUGAAUGUGACAGACAGCAGUCCUUUGAGCAGCGUUAACGGUGAGCAGUCACUCCCAGAGUGCAGAAAGAGUGGGGCUUGGCGCCAAACUUUCAUUUUUCCUGAUAUUUUCACAAGUUGUAAAUGCAUGAAUGCUUUGUAUGUCCUUCACCAGCAUGGCAUACUCCCCUUACCCGUCCAGUCUCUGGCAUUUCUUGGUCAAACAUACCACUGAAUUAAUAUUUCACUGCCGAGCGACUACUCUUUUUCGUCGUCAGUGUUGGAUAUCGUGAUUAAAAAAUAUGAACGGGUUUCCCGGAAAUUUCACAAGAAACUACAAGGCGGUAAUGAGCUCGACCAUAGAGACUAUGAUGAUUGCAGCCUUAGGUAUACAAGUAUAUGAAUCCAUUCCGCUCACAUUAUGUUCAAGCCUCGAGAGUACCAUUAGGCUUUCCAUCAAUUUGAUUGACACUGAUUGUCUCAUUUGAUAAUUUGUAUAUUUGGGAAAUGGGUCAAAUUAAAUAAAGUCCUGAUUUACUGAUUUGAUCAAUGUCAUAAACGAGCGAACAGAAGCAGCUUCUGGUAUUUUGAAAGACUAAUACUAGAAACAUAUUGGCGUUGGGGAAACUUUCCUAAGAGUGAAUGAAACAAAAAAGCAAUCUGCAAUAAACAGUGGAAUGCACCAUAGGUGUUCAUUCUGUUCCGACUACCAAUCAAUCAUAGUUUACUUGUAUAGCCCUAAUCACAAACGUCUCAAAAGUACUGCACAAGCCACAACAUCCUCAGCUCUGAUCCCACAUCAGGGCAAGAAAAAACCCAACCAAAUGGGAACAACAAGAAACUUUGGAAGGCGCCCCCCUCCCCCUGGGUGACCAGUGCAAUGUACGCAGGCAGAGUGGAUAUGGUUAGUAACGUGAGAGUCCAGUCCAUAGGCCAGCAGGGGAUCCUCUUGUACGUAGACAAGAGGAUCCCCUUGGUGCAGAGAUGUCACCAAUUGAUGCACAGAGGAGUGGUCCAUUCCGGUACCGAUUUGGAACAGCUACCGUGGCCUCCAUGGAAACUGAUUUGUGGCCACCUGACAGGAGAGAAAAAAAUUGAGACAGCAGAUGAACUGGUUUAAAAUGGGGUCUAUUUAAUGGCUAGUGUGUAUAAAUGAGUUUUAAGAUGGGACUUAAAUGCUUCUACUGAGGUACCAUGUCUAACUGUUACUGGUAGGGCAUUCCAGGGUACUGUAGCCCGAAUAGAAAACUAUAGCCCGCAGGCUUUUUUGGGGGCUCUGGGAAUCACUAAUACGCUUGAGUUUGCAUGUUUUCCCCGUGACUGCGUCGGUUCCCUCCGGGUACUCUAGCUUCCUCCCAAAUAUUUCAUAUUUCACGGUUUGUUGAAUUUUUGUUGCGUUUCACUUGAUUGUAAAAUAUGUCAAUCAAAAGGGGUGUGCCAUUCAUAUUUUGUCAAUAUUCAGUGUUUUAUCGUUCAUAGAAAAAUAUAAAAUUCUAUUAAAUUUUUUAAGACAGUCUGUCAUAAUGUUUUUAGCAUUCAAUCAGACAUUAUUGUGAGGUUUUGUAUUAGUGUCCCUAAAAAUAGAUAUAUCAGCCCCACAGACACUUUUUUUUCUAAAUGUGGCCCCCGAGUCAAAAUAAUUGCCCAGGCCUGUUCUAGACUGUGCAGCACGGUGGACCUUGGGUUAGUUAGUGCAUGUGCCUCACAAUACGAAAGUCCUGAGUAGUCCUGGGUUCAAUUCUGCGAUCUGUGUGGAGUUUGCAUGUUCUCCCCGUGACUGCGUGGGUUCCCUCCGGGUACUCCGGCUUCCUCCCACUUCCAAAGACAUGCACCUGGGGAUAGGUUGAUUGGCAACACUAAAUUGGCCCUAGUGUGUGAAUGUUGUCCGUCUAUCUGUGUUGGCCCUGCGAUGAGGUGGCGACUUGUCCAGGGUGUACACCGCCUUCCGCCCGAUUGUAGCAGAGAUAGGCUCCAGCGCGACCCCGAAGGGAAUAAGCUGUAGAAAAUGGAUGGAUGGUAACUAUAAUACGCAAAUGUGACGUUCUUGAGUGUCGGUGCUGUCUAGAGCUCGGCAAAGUAACCGUGUAAUACUCUUCCAAAUCAGUAGGUGGCAGCAGGUAUGUAAUUGCUCUGUAGAUGUCGGGAACAUGGUUUGUCGUGAUCACAAUACGUGGGAGGCAGCGUGCAGGUAAAAAGGGAUUUGCUUAAACCAAAAAUAAACAAAGGGUAUUGAAACUUAGGGAUGGCUAUGCAAAACUAAACUAAAACUGAACUGGCUGCAAAUUAAACAAAAACAGAAUGCUGGACGACAGCAAAGACUUACAGCGUCUGGAGCAGACGACAUCCACAAAGUACAUCCGUACAUAACAUGGCAAUCCACACCAAAACAGGAGUGCAAGACAAGAACUAAAACACUACACACAGGAGAACACCAAAAAAACUCAAAAUAAUUCAAGGUGUGAUGUGACAGGUCGUGACAGUACACCUACUUUGAGACAAGAGCUAUAGUGAUGUAUGGUUGGUUUUGGUUUAAAUUCCUUUUCAACAAUUGCGAGAGCGACUUUUUACAUUCACUAUCGGCUGCUGAGUUUAAUUUUUUGUUAUUUUCUGCUGGUGGUGUGCCUCUGGAUUUUUUCAAUGAAAAAAAUGUGAAAAGGUUGAAAAACACUGCUCUUAUACAUACAUUUUACUAGAUGUAUUGCAUCCUCACAUAAUAUGACCAUAAUUAGUUAUCAGUUCUUAUAACUUCAUUCUAACUUUUACACUUUACCUGUUCCCUUUGUAAAACAGCUUGUGAAAUAAAGGGACUGCUGCGUUUUGCAUAAUUGAAUCUAAAAAAAAAAAAUAACUUGUGAGGUUAAGUGUAAUGAUUAUAUGUUCCAUUUACUUUUUUAGCAGUGUAAAUAAUGUUGCUGUCUACUUUAUCACGGUGUUAAAACAAAAUGUUAUCCCAAAGUGAAAUGACACAUAACUUUGUAUUAUAAAUACACCCAUAAUUCACUUUCAGCCUUGAACUUAAUUCCUGUUCCAUUUCAAGACGUCUCUUAGACAUCUGAGUAUGUUCAAUGUUUGUCCUGUCAAUACUUUUUGUUUGGGGUUCUCGCUGUAGCACUCAUGCAGUAUUUCUUUGUUUUGGUAACCGUGUUUGUCCUUUUGUCUUAGUAAUGUAUGCUUUUUUAAUAGAAACAAUGCAUAUCAAGUAAUGAGCUCACACAAUUGACAUACUGUAAUGAUAUGUCCGUCUGUUUAUUUCAGCGUUUUAGUGCCUUUUAUAAUUGAAAUAACUGAAAUAAAGAUAUUGUACACUUCA